GUCUAUCUGGUGCGAUGUCGCGAGAAUGCGUAGGAACAGCUAUCACGGCCACCAACACCAUGUGGGCGUAGCUUGCAUGAAGGUGAGAGCCCCGUGAGCCACUUCACCGGUCUAGACUGUGUUUAUUUCCCCCGUAAACCUCAGUUGAGAGGUCGGAUCGUGAUGUUAUCUGCGGUGUGUGAUGGCGAUGAGGGGCAGGGUUGACGCCAUUCGCGUGCGUCUUGGGGGGAUAUCACGCAAUUUGGAACAAGCAACGCGCGAGGCCCCCUCUAGCAUGAUGAUCAGCCACUCGCAAGAAGCAAAUCCACAUUACGCCAUUGGAGGUAUCGAUGAACAUAUCGUCAAUUGGAGAUAAGACUGAGCUUUAUCGCCAUGUAUCGCUCAAUACCACCCCCAAUGCAGCAAUCUGAUAAAUUGUACGACCCUCGCUGCAUUGGCCAUUCGUAUUUCCUGGUGUCAUGGUACCUUAGAUCAUUAAUUUCCGCCCGAGUCACUGCAAUUGAGCCGAGACAAUGGCAGUACCACCGAUCCAGGCGUCUAUUCCGACAACUGCUGAGCCAAUUGUGAGCUCGAGAGCAAGUUCAUCGUUGGACGACAAAAUCGCCAGCUUACCCUCCUCGUCCAGAUCACUACCCUCUGAAGAAGAUCUAUCACUCAAAGCAAAUCCCUUCGCCGAUCCCCGUGCAGCAGCUCAAUGGAAGCAAGUUUACGAUGACUGCGAGUAUGAAUGCCGUUAUGCUUUCGACCCCACGUUGGAAUGGACUGAAGAGGAGGAGAAAAGGAUCAUUCGAAAAUUAGACUGGAGAGUCUGUUUAUGGGCUUGCGUCAUGUUUUUCGCCUUACAGGUUGACCGUGGCAAUCUCACACAAGUCGUAUCAGAUAACUUCCUAGAAGAUCUUGGUAUGAACACCAAUGAUUACAACAUCGGAAACACUAUUUUCCUGGUGUCAUUCUUGUUUGCGGAACUACCGUCCCAGCUAGUAUCGAAGAAAUUGGGGCCUGACCGUUGGGUCCCAGCCCAAAUCUGCCUUUGGUCAAUCGUUGCCGCUCUUCAGUGCCUCAUUAGUGGGCGAGGCAGUUUCUUUGCGACAAGAGCACUUCUAGGAAUCCUCGAGGGUGGGUUCAUCCCAGAUAUAGUACUCUGGCUGAGUUACUUCUAUACUUCCAAAGAGCUGCCUAUUCGGCUAAGUUAUUUCUGGACAACCUUGUCUGUAACUGGUGUUGUCACAUCCCUGUUGGCCUUUGCUUUGUUACGACUACGAGGCGUCCUAGGUUGGGGUGGGUGGCGGUGGUUGUUUUUGAUCGAAGGCAUCAUUACGUUCACAAUUGGUGUUGUCUCCUUUUUCAUGAUGCCAGCUUCGGCAGUACAGACAAAAACUUGGUUCCGCCCCAACGGCUGGUUUUCGGAUCGCGAAGUGGCCAUUGUUGUCAAUCGGGUUCUGCGCGACGACCCCUCCAAAGGUGACAUGAACAACCGCCAGGCGAUCACUCCCCAGAUACUGUGGUCCUGCCUCACGGACUAUGAUCUUUGGCCAUUGUAUCUGCUUGGUCUCGUCAUCUACAUUCCGCAGGCACCCCCAUCAAGAUAUAUCACUCUGAUUCUCAGGGGCAUCGGGUUCGAUACAUUUACAACGAAUCUACUGACAAUUCCCUCCAGCGUGCUCCAUAUCAUAACCCUUCUGUUGAUCACGCGCCUCUCGGAGUAUCUCAACGAGAAAACCCUGGUCUCAUCGCUACAGAACAUUUGGAUUGUCCCUACCUUGGCAGCAUUGCGCUGGUGGCCUGGAACAGUCACAGACGCUUGGGGGACAUAUACACUAAUUACGGUUCUCCUGGGGUAUCCAUACUGCCAUGCGAUUCUGGUCGCAUGGACAUCCAGAAACUCCAACAGCGUAGGAACAAGAAGUGUGUCAGCAGCCGUGUAUAAUAUGUCUGUCCAAGCAGGUAAUGUCAUUGCAAAUUUCAUCUACUUGGAUGACGACAAACCGCUAUACAAGAGGGGCAACAGCGUAUUGUUUGCUAUCAAUAUUUUUGGUAUUGCCAUAUUCCUCGCCACCAAAGCCUACUACGUGUGGAGAAAUAAGCAGAAGGAAAAAGUCUGGAAUGCAAUGACAGAGGACGAGCGGGCUUAUUAUAUCUCAACCACAAUGCAGACGGGUAGUAGAAGACUGGAUUUCAGGUUUGCCCAUUAAAAUAAUGAGAAGGAACCUGGAUGGAGAGGGACUUGCAAAUGGAGCAUGGUUCUCAUAAUCUGGAUCGACAAGAAUACUUGUCAUUCAUCUUGUAUGUCACGAUGCGUACUAGCAGCUCAUAUGAAGAUUAUUGUUUGAAAGAC